CGCGGGCGCAGGAGGCCGUUGGUGGCGCGGGGCCGGGGCCGGGGCCGGGGCGGCGAUGGCGCAGCAGGGGGCGGCGCUGCAGAGCUACAACAACGAGCUGGUCAAGUGCAUCGAGGAGCUGUGCGCGCGGCGGGACGAGCUGGGCCGGCAGAUCGCGCGCGAGGAGGAGGAGAAGGGCAAGCUGCAGAGCGACAUCCGGCUGCUGACCGAGCGCCUGGCCCGCCUCAACGAGGGGCUGGCCCGCAAGAUGGCCACGCGCAACGAGUUCGAGCGCACCAUCGCCGAGACCGAGGCGGCCUACGGCAAGAUCCUGGAAAGUUCCCAGACACUGCUAAAUGUCCUAAAGAAGGAAGCGGGGAAUCUGAGCAGAGCCACAGAGCCAAAAGGCAGUGUUGUAAAAGAGAGCUGAGCACAUGGACUCACACAUUCCUAAAGUCUCUCUCUUCUUGGACUGAGAGGAGCUGCUAUCAUUUUGGUAUAUGUAGAGGAAACAAUGUCCAGUAAAAUCUUCAUUUUGCACAA